GUUUGUUUUACUGUGGAAAGACCAGUUGUGGUAACUGGAUUUUGAGGGAGUGGACUAUUUAAGUUAUUUUCCUGUUAUUUUCAUUCAUUUGUUUAAGUUCGUUUUCUGUCUUGUGCCUUGUAUUUGUAACCGAAGAGGCUUAUAUUGAUCACAAUCUUCUAAUUACACAUACAUACGGGACAGAAUUCUUGAGGUUAAAUAGCACGGGCUUGUUACGCCCCUACAGUAAUUUGUGCACGCGACUUAAGUUUGUCAAACUAACAGGAAACUGCCCGCAGGAGUGAAGGCGAAAUCCAAGUUCCAGCAAAACAUUUAGCUGCUCAUAGAGCGUUCAUAUAACUUUUUUUUUUUAUGUUCACAUUUAAAAUAUUUUGAAAUGGCGCUUUUCCCCAGAUGUCUGCUUCGUGGUAUAACUUUUCAAGUGAAGCACAUGAAUGGACAGCGAGUGAUGCCCAAAUUCAUACAUGAAUGUGCGCGCUACAUCAGCAAUACCUCAGUUAAGGGGGGUAUAAGAGAACGGACCCUUAUAGCAGUCAAACCUGAUGGAGUCCAGAGACGUCUCGUUGGUCAGAUCAUCCAGCGCUUUGAGAUGCGCGGAUUCCAACUUGUUGGUCUUAAAAUGCUGCAGGUGUCUGAAGAGCUGUUGUUGCAACACUAUACGUCUCUGUGCAAGAAGCCCUUCUAUCCCAGUCUGCUGCAGUAUAUGACCUCUGGCCCUGUGGUUGCCAUGGUAUGGGAGGGGCAUAAUGUGGUGAGGUCAUCCCGAAUGUUAGUUGGAGACACAAACCCUGCUGAGGCUCCUCCUGGAACGAUUCGAGGAGACUUCAGCAUUCAUAUCAGCAGGAACGUGAUCCACGCAUCUGACUCGGUUGAGGGGGCCCAGAAGGAGAUCGCGCUGUGGUUCCAAAGCUCAGAGCUGAUUGAAUGGGAGUGCUGCGACCACGGCAACCUCUAUUAGUUUGGAACGAAAAAGUGGUGGACAAAAAGAGAGAGAACAGGCGCACUGGAACUUCCACAGAGUGGGACGACUCUUACCUCAAUCACAGUUCUCUGGCAUCCCACUGAUGAAUGCACAUAUAAUCUCAACAAACAUGACAGAGUUUCUCCAGGAGAGGAUGGCAAAAUGGAAGGAUAUCCAUGAUGAUAAGAGGAAACUAACAUUUAGGGUGAUGAGUGUUCGUGGAUGAUCAUAUGAAACCCAAGAUUACCAUCAGGAACCUAAUGGUAUUUCAAAACUGUAUGUAAAAUGUACUUCUCUAAUAACCGGAAAAUAAGCAGGAAAAUGCCCUUCAAAAAAGCCAAGUGCUAGUGUAAUCAGAGCUUUUGUACCAUAAUAAAAGUGAGAUGGAAGCUUUGUAAAUACAAUAAUAUUGGAAAGUAUAAUGGGUUUAAUGUUACAAAAUAAAUGUACCAAUGUUACAAGACAUUAGAUGAAUAUACAAAUGAAUCCAGUGCUGGAGAAACUACAUUUUUAAUUAAAAUGUAUUAAAGAAAUUAUGGCAGACUAUAACUAGUUGUCUGAAAGUAAAUGAUUUGCUAUUUGUAACCAAUUUAGGAAAACCAACAUUCAAGUUGCACUUUUGUUUUACAAAUAUGAAAUUGUGUGAACAGCAAUAAUACAAUCUAGCAUUCAUGUUUUGAGAUGUCCUUUUACUAGAUCAGCUAUACAAUGAUUCAUAAAAUCACACAAUGAAUGAUACACAGGCAAGACAACAUUUUAUUUGAACAUAUUUGCAUACCUGGGAAUAUUGAUCUUUACAUUCAGUGUCUUGUAUGUAAGAUGAUUUAUUGAAUACAUGAAUAAACUAAAGUCCUUUCUG